GCGCUUUGCAUUUUGUGCCGUCAGAGUUUCCCGUAGUUUUGUCUCCGAUUUCUUUUUUUCCCGCGGAUUAUCACCGUCAUUUCGACUUUCUGACACCCUGCAUAAAUCGCUGAAAGGUCUAAACUUCGUCAGGCCUAAGCGUCUUCUUGACUGAACCGGUGGAACGCCGUAAUGAACGAGACAUCUCUGCGUUAAGUGAUUCGAUGCAGAACAGUCGUCUGCUCCAAAUCGGGUCCUUCAUCGACAGAACACUGAACGUUCUCAGAAUCAUGACGUAGCUACGGAAGAAUCUACCGAUGGCCAUUUAGAUCACCGAAAUAGUAAGCUUCGCUUCACAAGAGUGCCCGUAGUGGGCAAAUGAACAUCAUGCACUGUCCUGGCCUCUACUGUGGUCGGAUCAAGUUGGAGAAUGGCUCGAUUGGCGACUGCGGGGCGUGCCCCCGGGGCUUCCGAGCGGGCCCCGACAAGCUGUGCCAGCCGUGCGUGGACCUCCCGCAGUUCUACGACUGGCUCUACCUGGGCUUCAUGGCGCUGCUGCUGCUCGUCCUCGAGUGGUACAUCGUAGACAAGACCACCAGGAGGCGCAGCUUCACCCCGGAGGUGCUUGCCCUGCAUGCCUGCGCCCUGUUCGAGACGGUGGUGGCGGCGGUGGCGACCCUUCUGGCCACGCCGCCCCUGGGGCAGGUCCUGCUCCACACAUGCAGGGUGCACCGCCUCUCGGACUGGUACACCCUGCUGCACAACCCCACGCCAGGCUACCGCCACACUCUGCGCUGCACCCAGGAGGCCGUCUACCCGUUGUUCUCGAUGGUGUUCGUGUUCUACGGGCUGUGCCUGGGCAGCCUGCUGCUGGUGCGGCCGCUGCUGGUCUACCGGGUGUUCUCCAGUCAGGGCAAGAAGUCCAUCUUCCUCACCAUGUACGCCAUUCCAGCGCUGGCGCUGCUGCACGCCACCAUGGGAGGACUCCUGUACUACUCGUUCCCCUACAUCGUCAUCAUCCUCUCCGUGAUCUCCAUGGCGUCCCACUUUGCUUUCCGGCUCGACCAGUCGAUGAGCUCACUGUUCUCCCAGACCAUCAAGGAGCCUCGCAACCUGACGAUCCUGGUGGGGCACUGGUUCCUGCACGCCUACGGCAUCGUGGCCAUCACCCAGCUGCAGGAGCCCACUCUGCACUGGGCCCUGCUGGCCGUCGUACCCUUCCCCUCCCUCUUUUACGUGCUCACCUCGAAAUUCACGGAUCCCAGCAAGCUGCAUGCGGAGUGACAGGCAACCAAGAGCGCGCCGUUAGACGUCGCGCCGUUGUUUGUGCAAUGACAUGCCACUUGCCGCGGAACUUUCGUGUUUUUUUUUGUCGCUUCUACGGCCACCGAGAGAAUGGGAACGGCGUUUCUUUCGGACGCCUCCAUCCCACCCAGAAGACGAGGCCACGAUGUCGUUAGUGGAUCUUUGACCUGCCCUAAUUACACGCCGAAGUUUGACAAGAGAUACCACGGACCAGCAGACUCGUUCGUUGCGGGACGCCGCGGGACGCACCAACAGCGAUGCUGACGCAAGCAACAGUCCGUGGAUCCACUGGUUAUGACGCUUGGGGGGGGGAGUGAGGCUUCGUCUUCUAGGUGGCGUUGCUCCAGCGCACGCUAUGCUUGUCUUCCUUUGCGCGUACACUCGAAGCUCAUGGUAAGCAGAAGCGUCAUCCAUGAUGGGAAGAUCACGCCAGAGGUGGGACAACCGAAGAACCUCCCUGCCGUUAAAAUCCUGUCACUGACCGUUGGCAGUAUAUACAUUUCUUUUAGUUAACAUGUAGUCAUAAACAUGCUGCGGGACUUUAUUCAAGUGCGGUACAAUCCUCGUCCGGUAUGUUGGCUGACGUAGCAAUCCUUCGUCGCAAACGUAUUAGUGCAGAGUGUGGGUGGAACUGCUGUGUCGCCGUAGUAAACCUUUGGCGAGUGAUGUUGAUGUCCUCGGUUCUUUCUGUUUUAGUUCCUGGUGAUGACAGUAUGGAAUCACCACGGUGCCAGUUAGUACUCGGAUUGGGAUGGUUCAUGAGGACUCGAAACGUGCGAUGAAGUGUAAUUGGCCCUUUGAUUCGCUAAUGCCCUGGUCUUACUUGAGCGACAUACCAACAACAACGUACCUCGCACGUGCCCCGUGCGCUCAGCGUUGUCCUUAGCAGGUUUACAGCCUCUCGGGGCUUGUGAUGUAAGCAUGAGAGAUUGCAAGUCUGCCAAAGAUGCUUGCGCAUAUGCUUGGGGUUGGUCAACAUGGGUUAAUAGACCUUUCGCAAAAAUCCCCAAAGUCCGCAGCAUCUACCAUAUGGGGGGACACUGAAAGGAGCCAGAGGGUAGCACAGUCGCUUGUGUGCGCCUCCCUGCUUACCGUGGCCUUCAAGGUCUCCUCUGUCGUUUGCUUUAAUGAACCCACCUUUCCCGGCAUUCCUUUCGGUGCCGUAGACAGCGCUGUAUGCUUUGCAAAAGGACUAAGUUGCCGUUUGUUGCUCAAGUGGGACUAGGGCAUGAGAGGUGUUGGAAUCAGAAUUAGAAAAAUAUAUAAUUUGCCUUCCUAUAUUUCAGUGAGAAACUAAAAAUAAAAAGAAUACACCUAAGCA